AUCUUGGAUGCAUCUCCUUUUCUAAUUUUACUAACCAUCGAUCGACUUCUUAACAUCGAUUGCCCCCAUCUGUUCUGUGUCUCUAUCAAGAUUGCAAGACAGAUACAGAGGAUUCUUCUAGUGUUCAUGAUUCAUCUAGAAACCGCCUCCUGAACGGAGAGCUUAUCGUUAUCGCUAUCGCUGCAUGACCGCCGCGGGACCAACUCUUCGCAAUCAUACUCGACAUUGGAUUUCUUCAAAAUGGGUGUUACAUCACGAAAGCCCUCCUGUCAACAGAUCAUGGCAUCUUCGUCUCCCGCAGGGCAUCUGAGCCGUACGUCUACAGCCAAACGAAAGCGAAGCACGGACGAGAAGACCAGUGUCACAUCCACAUCUGCGAAACGUACUCGCCGGAAAGAGGGCAGCCAUGUAACAGCUUCAACGAACUCAGUAGAGGUGAUCGAUUUGACCGGCGAUUCACCCGUUGCCGGUCCACAUAAGAUAGUGAAAAGCGCAAAGGCCAAGCAAUCGCCAGACGCGGGAAAGUCUGAGCGUCGAGCUCGAGUGUUUCGCAAACACCCGCCACAGACUUUCCUCCAGCGAUUGAACCGCGCAACGACUCAAAGGAUGUUCGUUCUUGGAUACACUGUCACUGGCGCUGAUGAUGUUCCUGAGAUGAGCUUUGAUAUUGCUGGGACGACCGGAAACAUUUACAAGACAGUUAUCGGGAAAGAGCCAACCUGCAGCUGUCCGGAUGCUCGAAAAGGGAACCAGUGCAAGCAUAUCUGCUACGUUUUAGUCAACGUGCUCAAAGCGCCGCAGCAUCUCCAGUACCAACUGGCAUUCUUGUCGAUGGAACUUCGCGAGAUCUAUGAAGGAACCACUUUGAGUCGCAACCUAACCAAAUCCGAAAGUGAUAACGGAGGCCAGAGGAAGUCAGUUGAAGGAGACUGUCCUAUCUGCUUCAUGGAAUUCAAACCCGAAAAAGAGGAUAUUGUCUGGUGCCAAGCGGCGUGCGGAAAUAACAUUCACAAAACAUGCUUUCAGCAAUGGGCUGUCACCCAACGCUCUCAGGGUGUCCGCUGCGUUUAUUGCCGUUCUCCAUGGCAAACGGAUACAAAAGACCUGAACUUGGAACAGCUCACAGCUCAGGGACACUUGACUUCUGAUGGGUACAUCAAUGUAGCUGAUCAGCUGGGCCUUUCCGGCCUACGCGGUACGAGACCAUCUCUACUAUUCGACAUAUCAUCCUCACUGGGUCUCCCGACAAUUGUAUCCUUAUGGUUCGCGUAGACGCAAUUGACGAUGAGGAAGUGUGGUACUAGUCAUGACCAAUGAAGGUUUUGCGGAUCUGGUGUUCAGUGACUAAGUGUUAAGAUUGCUACAUACCGAAGCGUUGGAUGAGAGUUUGUAAAUUGUUGCUUCUCUGAGCUGGCUAAGAUACCUAGGAUUUAUUGCUAAUCGAGUAUGUUAUUGGUAUAUCUAUAUCCUGUUCGGAAAAACAGAUAUUUAUCUAUUUUCGAAAUCUUUUGGCCAUAAUGGCACAAGUAACUGUUUACCAUCAACACAUUACAAUGCUUCCACUCAUCAUGCACCCCACUGGA